CUGCUGAUCCAGAGUGCUUCACACCAUCAGAAUGGUCUUAAACGCGAGGCUUCUUCGAACUGUUUUUGUCGGACAACAUUUGAGGUUUUUUGCAAACAUGCCAAACCCAAAAGUGUUCUUCGACAUAAAGAUCGGCAAGUCACCCGCUGGAAGGAUAUGCAUGGAGUUGUUUGCCGACACAACACCAAAGACAGCAGAAAACUUUCGUGCAUUGUGCACAGGAGAGAAGGGAUUUGGUUUUAAAGGAAGCAAGUUUCAUCGAGUAAUUCCCGGAUUCAUGUGUCAAGGAGGGGACUUUACCCGCGGAAACGGCACUGGAGGCAAAAGCAUAUAUGGUGAAAAAUUUCCAGAUGAAAACUUUACAAAAAAGCAUACAGGACCAGGUAUCUUGUCAAUGGCCAAUGCAGGACCAAACACAAAUGGAUCACAGUUUUUUAUUUGUACAGCAAAAACUGCAUGGUUGGACGGUAAACACGUGGUGUUUGGGAAGGUGGAUGAAGAGUCUAUGUCAGUUGUUAGAGCCGUUGAGAAUGUAGGGUCUGAAAGUGGGAAGACAAGCCAAGAUGUGGUUAUAGAAAACUGUGGACAGCUGCAAUAAACUAUCCAAUGUGUAACAUAUUCAUAUGGAUGUUUAAAUGAGAAAACAGUAUGCUUUGAUAAUGCAUUUUGUUGUCAUUUAUCAUAGAUGAAAUAAAGUGCGAAUUAGUGAAA